CUCUUUGCCUCUAUUGAUUAAAGGAAUCAUUGUCACAUAAGCAAUAAAUAUUACUUUUUUCAGUACUUAUAUUGUGUAGUACUCUCGGCAGUUAGGAGUUUUGACCGAGUUCCUUCUUCAACUCUAUUAGUUACCUUCAAAAACCAAGCUCCCAUGUUUAAAAAGGUUCGUAUUUGAUCUUUGAGAGUUGAGUAUGUCACAGCUCGUCGGAGGAGAGCUUCUUCAUCAUUGAGAAGGAAUUACCUGCAACUAUGAGAUCUGUUCUCUUGACUAUGAUAAGCUUUGUAAGGAUUUGAGUUUGCAGAAGCUGUAUGGACCGCCACCAAAAAAUGGCGAUAAACACCUUCUAUCCCUUAAGAGAGUGCAAGUUUUUGGGCUAAGAUACAAGCUUUUUUUUAUAGGAAGUCUUUCCUGUAAACUGUCGAGAGGUUCCUAAAAUUGAAAACUCAGCUAUUUCCUUUUAGUUUAUAUGCAUUAUUAUAAAGUAAUUAUAGAUAUAAAUUUCAAUUUAAUGCCAAGAUUUAUAAAUUCACAGGUAUUGACAAGUUAAAUAUUUUUUUUAAAAUGGAUGAAAUUGCCAAUUCCAAAUAAACACAUGGCGCUAAGACCCAACAGAGCUAAUCCAACCGUUUCAGUAACGCUUGAGGCCCAUAACAAAACCCACAUUACGCGAUACCCUCUCAAGCCCAGCCCAAUCCUCCGAAUCCACGUCUUUAUCGCAAUAGAAAUCCAUCCUUACCCAAGCGCCUCUCCGUUGCCCUUUCAUUUGUCAGGGGUUAGGAAUUGUACUUCAAUCCCUUCAUCUCUGGUUUCCGAUUUUCCCAGAUCCAGCCCUCCUUAUCUUCCCUUUUGAGAACGCUAUUAUCAAUAUGAUGCAACAGUCAGGAUCCGGAGUUGUCCCUCAGCAGAUCCCCAUGGAUCAGCAGUAUCAACAACAGCCACCGCUGCAGCAGUGGAUGAUGAUGCAGCAGCAGCAGCAGCAGCCUGUCCCACCGCCCUCUGGUUGGACACCGCCGCCUGUCCCUCCCCCGUCUCAGCAUGGUGUUCCUCAGCCGGUUGCGCAGGGUGGUGCUGGUGCAGAGUCUAGCGAGAUCCGAUCGUUGUGGAUCGGAGACUUGCAGCAGUGGAUGGACGAAAAUUAUCUCUUCGGCAUCUUCGCCAACACCGGGGAGGUUGCUUCUGCUAAAGUUAUUAGGAAUAGGCAGACAGGCCUCCCAGAGGGUUAUGGUUUCAUUGAGUUUGUUUCUCGUGCAGCAGCAGAGAGGAUCUUGCAGACAUAUAAUGGUGCACCAAUGCCAAAUAGUGAGCAGAGUUUCAGGCUGAAUUGGGCUACUUUUGCUGCUGGUGAGAGGCGACAAGAUGAUGGCCCUGAUUAUACCAUUUUUGUUGGAGAUUUGGCUGCUGAUGUCAAUGAUUAUCUAUUGCAAGAAACAUUUAGAACUGUUUACCCAUCUGUGAAAGGUGCAAAAGUUGUCACUGAUAGGAUCACUGGACGCUCCAAGGGCUAUGGGUUUGUGAGGUUUGGUGAUGAAAAUGAGCAAAGACGUGCAAUGGUUGAAAUGAAUGGACAGUUCUGUUCUACUAGGCCCAUGCGGAUUGGGCCAGCUGCUACAAAAAAACCUGUAGUACAGCAAUUUCAGAAAGCUCCCUUCCAGAAUACUCAAGGAAACCAGGGCGAGAAUGAUCCAAAUAAUACAACUAUAUUUGUUGGAGCCUUAGAUCCAAGUGUUUCAGAUGACCAUUUGAGACAAGUGUUCAGUAAAUAUGGUGAGCUAGUACAUGUGAAAAUACCUGCUGGCAAGCGAUGUGGAUUUGUUCAGUUCGCCAACCGCGCUUGUGCCGAACAAGCCCUAUUGAUGUUGAAUGGAACCCAGUUAGCAGGACAAAAUAUUCGGCUUUCAUGGGGGCGAAGUCCUUCAAACAAACAGGCACAGCCAGAUCAAAGCCAGUGGAAUGGAGGAUAUUAUGGAUAUGCGCAAGGAUAUGAUGCAUAUGGAUAUGCUCCUUCUCAAGAUCCUAACAUGUAUUAUGGUGGCUAUCCUGGAUAUGGAAAUUACCAGCAACCAGGAACUUACCAACAGCCGCAGCAGGUUUACCAACAGCCGCAGCAGUGAUCUGUUCUGUUCUGUUCUGUUGCUGGAUGAAGUGCAAAGUUGGCCCUAAUCCUCCGCAGUUGUUUGCGUCCGCAGACUGUUGUACAUUGCUUGGUGUUUGGAACUAGGCUUUAUACUAUUAUGCUUUAGCGUUAGUUUAUUGAUGAGUGAUGAUUUAGUGUGUUUGAGGCAUCAUCUGUGGGCGUUACUACUUCCGAUACUAUGAAACAUCCUUAAUCUGUCAGAUAUUGCUCUUGUGCUGUGUCCAAUGCAAUUCCAUACUUUAUUUUUAAUUUAUUAUAUAUUGUUUGUGCGCUA